AUGGUAGAAAAAACUAUUAAAGACCAAAUUGCUGAAAGUAUAGAAAAAAUUCUUGAAAGUGAUUUAAGUCCUUAUGAAAAAAAAGUUGCUUUAUUUAACUUUGUAAAAAGUCUAGAAGUAGGCAUUAUGACACCUGAAAAGAAAAAAAGAAUAAACUAUCUUCUUCAAGGGCAUCUAUACAACGAACUUGCUAAACAAUGUAAAUUGAAACUUGCUUGGGAUAAAAGUGGUAAUUACAAACUUUAUCAAAAUUUUCAACAAAACGAAGAGUUUGAGGAAGAAGAAGGAAUUGAUUGGUGGGAAGAAGAGUUAAGUAAAGGGACUAAAAAAGUAGAUGACGACCUUACUAGGAGACCAAUCAAGUUUAAACACCAAGACUUGGUUGAUUUCGUGGAAGGAUUAAAAAAAGCAGGAGUUUCUUAUAAGGAAAUUGCCAAAGGAUUAAAAAGAAGUGUUAGAAUGAAUAAGAAAGUUAAAACACUGAAAGAGAUGUCUGAUUAUGUUUUUAGUAAAACAAAUAAAAGAUUUUGUGUUGCUACUAUUUCUCUGGUAUUAAAGAAAAUUAAGUAUUCUUAUCAAACAGUUCCCUAUCGUCAUCCUCAACAAAAACAAAACUUGCCAGAAGUUAUUGAGUUUAUGGAAAGAAUUAAUAAAUUACCCUCUAAACAAAUUCUAUCUACUGAUGAGAGUGGUUUUCCUUUAAAUCUUGCUUUACGAAGGGGAGGGAUAAUUCAGUGGAAUUUGGUUAAAGAUACAGUGAACACCGAGGUUUUUGCUAAUUUUCUUUCUAGGGUUAAACUUUCUGAUGAGGAGAAGUAUUAUCUUUUGUUGGAUAAUAUUCGUUUUCACCAUGCUAAAAGGAUUAAAGAAUUAUUAGUCAGUAAGAACAUUGAACCUAGGUAUAUUGUGGCUUCCAACCCUUAUUUAAAUCCUGUUGAAGAGAUUUUCAAUGUGAUUAAACAGUAUGUUCGGAAGCAGAGACCUAGGACAGAAGAGGAAUUAAGUUCAGCA